AUGCCCUUCGGGCUAACCAACACGCCAGCGAUGUUCCAGAGAGCAAUGGAUAUCCUGCUCUCUCCGUUCCGUUGGAAAUGCUGUUUGAAGGCAGGUGUGAAGCUCAAGCUUCGCAAGUGCGAAUUUUUCGUCGAAAAGAUCAAGUACCUGGGCCAUGUCGUUCGGCCAGGUACAUUGGAGGUUGAUGCCGCUCGCAUCGCGGCGUUGGAACAAGUGAGGUACCCCCAAACGCAGACCCAACUCAGAAGCUUCUUGGGACUUUGUAAUGUGUACCGUCAGUUUGUCCCACAUUACGCGAAAAUCGCACAUCCGCUCAAUCAACUAUUGAAGAAGGGACAACCGGUCCGGAUGGAAGGAUUCGACGAACCGUGCGAAAAGUCUUUUCAUAAGCUCAAGGGCGCCAUCUUGGCACCGCCGGUGUUGGCGCUGCCGAAGAAGGACCUACCCUACUCGAGAAACUAUUCUGUAUCAGAAAAAGAAUGUCUAGCGGUAAUUUGGGCCGUACAGACUUUAAGACCAUAUCUAUAUGGCGAGCACUUCAUUGUGCAUACUGACCAUGCCUCAUUGAGGUGGUUGAUGAACGUAACCGACCCCAGCGGGAGAUUAAUCCGAUGGAGGCUCCGCCUCUCGGAAUUUGAUUUCAAAAUCAAGUACAAGAAGGGCAAGGCCAACAGCCAAGCUGACGCCCUGUCAAGAUUACGGACCGCAGGAGAAACCAACGAGGACAGAUUUGACGCGUUAGACGACAUCCUCGCUCUUGAGGGGGGGACCGCCCCUGAUCGCUUCGAUCAAUUCCAAGCUGUUACUCCGGAGGAGCUCAUUCGCGAGCAAGCCGUCGACCCCUUCUGCAACUGCAUCAAGGAAGAAAUGGACGCCGGAAAGGUGAGAACGUUCAGCAUGGAGACCGAGGAACUCGAAGGAACUCUAUGCCGUACCGCGGCGGAGUUUGUACAAGUGGUGAUACCACAAUCGGUAAGGGACCGCGUCCUAGGGUUAAGCCAUUACGCAAAAUUGGCAGGACACCCAGGAGGCAGGAAACUUUACAAGACAUUGAGAAGAUAUUUUUACUGGCCUACGAUGGCCCUAGACUGCUACGCAGUCGCGAAGAAUUGCGCCGCAUGUGCGCGGGAAAGGGUGAAGUUAAGAAGAAACACGAAGGAAAUGAAGCUGUUCACGCCCAAAGCUCCGCUGGAGUUUGUCGCCAUCGACAUCCUCGGCGAGCUAAUUAUAACUAAACGAGGAAAUCGGUAUAUUCUCGUGAUCAGCGAUCGAUACUCGAAACUGGUACGAACCGUACCGUUGAAGAAGAUAUCAGCUGCGCACAUCGCACAAGUCUUCGUUCACCAUUGGGUAUUCGUGUACGGACCGCCGGUCAAGCUGCUGUCCGACAAUGGAACACAGUUCACGGCCCGGUUCUUUCAGAACGUCUGCCGAAUUCUCGGCAUACGCAAUGUGUUCACGACUACGUACCACCCGCAAGCCAACGGCCAAGUUGAGAGGUUUAACCGCACGCUGACUUCCGCGUUGCGAAAAUAUGUUGGAGAGCAUCCCAAGGACUGGGACUUAUUUAGCGACGCUGUGACGUUCGCAUACAACACGCAAGUUCAUCGAACUACGAACAUCGCGCCCUUCGAGCUGGUGUUAGCUCGGGCGCCGAGAAGCAUUGCGUUACAAGCACAUCCAAUGAAGAGGUCUGAUCAAGGUACAGUCGUGAUCGCCAUUGACGAUCAAGGGGAGCGCGUUUUACGAGACCGGGUGAAACUAGCCCCGAGUCCGAUGGACCUCGCGCCGGUCACCGGCUUAAUACAAGCGCUACGGUUCCUUGAUGGGACAGAGAGAGACGAAGGACGGAAUGUUUUCGAGAAUGGGGGUAAACAGUGA